GGCACCAGGUCAUCUGGAUCGUCUGGCUCGACAGCGGGCAUCGGGUCACCAGGCAUGACAGCGGGCACCAGGUCAUCAGGCAUUGGAUCGUCUGGCUCGACAGAGGGCAUCGGGUCACCAGGCAUGACAGCGGGCACUGGGUCAUCAGGCAUUGGAUCGUCUGGCUCGACAGCGGGCAUCGGGUCACCAGGUAUGACAGCGGGCACUGGGUCAUCAGGCCUGAUAGGAUCAUCAGGCUGGAUCAGUUCAUCAGGCUGGGUACAGACAUCAGGCUGAAGUGCGGGUGCCAAGGCACCAGGCUGAACCACGGAAGGCAGGUUCUCAGAC